AUGGACACGGAGAAGCUGGUGCCCAUGUUGCAGCAGCUGGGCGCGCGGCACGUGGGCUACGGCUUGAAGGGCCACUGCUUCAACAUCGCUUCCAAGGUGCUCAUCGAAGUGCUGGCGGAGUGGCUGGGCGAUAGCUUCACCAAGGAGGUGGAGAAUGCUUGGGUCAUGGUCUCAGGGUUUAUGGUGGCCACCAUGUACGCGGGCUUCAGCCAAGCAAAGUGGGGGGUCCAGAACAAGGAGAUGCAACUCAAAGACUCCUCAGCGCCCGUCUCCACCACUGCCAGCGAUAUCGACAGCAAGUCUGCAUCUCGCCAGAUCACACCUUUUGAUGAUGAGCAUGAUGUCAAGGAUUUCGACGGCCCACUCGACUUGCAACACCUGAAACUGCGUUCGGAGGUGUGUCCGGAGUUUGAGGCCUCUUUGAUCUAG